CGGGCUGAGCCGGCUCGGGGUAGCCCGGCUCCCGGCGAGUGCUGGGGCGCUUCUCCCGGGGCGGGUCAUGAACGGGCCGGCGGACGGCGAAGUGGACUACAAGAAGAAAUACCGGAACCUGAAGCGGAAGCUCAAAUUCCUCAUCUACGAACACGAGUGCUUCCAGGAGGAACUGAGGAAGGCGCAGAGGAAAUUGCUGAAGGUGUCCCGGGACAAGAGUUUCCUCCUAGACCGACUUCUGCAGUACGAGAACGUGGAUGAAGACUCUUCUGACUCAGAUGCCACUGCAUCUUCAGAUAACAGCGAGACAGAGGGGACACCCAAGUUGUCGGACACGCCAGCCCCUAAGAGGAAGAGAAGCCCUCCGCUGGGGGGUGCCCCCUCCCCCACCAGCCUCUCCCUGCCUCCUUCAACAGGGUUUCCCCUUCAGGCCUCUGGGGCCCCCUCCCCAUACCUGAGCUCGCUGGCUUCCCCCACCUACCCCCCAUUCCCUUCUGACUACCUGGCCCUGCAGCUGCCCGAGCCCAGCCCCCUGAGGCCCAAGCGGGAGAAACGGCCCCGCCUGCCCCGGAAACUCAAGAUGGCGGUAGGACCCCCCGACUGCCCCGUGGGAGGGCCGCUGACCUUCCCGGGCCGGGGUUCUGGGGCCGGCGUGGGGGCAGCCCUGGCCCCACUGCCCCCGCCCAAGAUGCCUCCCCCUACGAUCCUGAGCGCCGUCCCUCGGCAGAUGUUCAGCGACGCGGGCAGCGGGGACGACGCCCUGGAUGGGGAUGAUGACCUGGUGAUCGACAUCCCAGAGUGAACCCACCUGCCCGACCCCCUGCCCAGCGCCCUCUGUGUCAGCACACAUGAGCCCCCAGCUUCCGCAGAGACGUUUAUUGACGCCCGGUUGCCAUGCUGUGGCCACUGACACAAUCAGAAAAGGCGUAAACAUGCAUGAAAUGUCCCCCGGAAGGUGGGCCCUCUCCAGGGAGGGCAGGGGCCCUGCCUUCACAUCCCAGCCCAGUCCAGGGGACAGUUAUUUAAAUGAGUGGCCGGGAGCAUCUGCCACCUCUCAGAGAGGCAGAGACCCUGCGGUGGCCCCCCCGCUUAAAAGGGCAGCUGUACAGGGCUCGGUGGUGGUGUUUUUUUAAUGAAGAUUCUGUAUUAAAGGAGUGGCUCUUU